GGGAUGCCACCUUCCCAAGAUGUUGAGAUAGCCCCGAAGGACUCCGCUCGACCACUCCCGCGAGUGUCCGCUGCUCCCGCGUGACCCCCGCCCUGUGUCCGCACGCUCCCGCCCCGCCGGCCGCCAAGAUGAUGUGCGGAGCGCCUUCAGCCACGCAGCCCGCCACGGCCGAGACCCAGGCUAUCGCCGACAAGGUGAAGUCCCAGCUGGAGGAGAAGGAGAACAAGAAGUUGACAGUGUUCAAGGCUCUGGAGUUCAAAAGCCAGUUGGUUGCUGGGAAGAACUACUUCAUCAAGGUUCAUGUGGACGAGGAUGACUUCGUGCGCAUUCGAGGGUUUGAAAGCCUCCCGCAUGAGAACAAUCCCGUGGCCUUGACCAGCUACCAGAUCAACAAAGGCAGGCACGACGAGCUGACGUACUUCUAGGCCCGAUUUUGCAGAGUCUGUUGCCCACAUGGGUCUCUCCUCUGCAGACCUGUCUGGGACCAGACGCGGUGCCCCUUGGGGUGGGGUGGUGUCUCUGUUCCCUGCUUUCAUUGGGUUCGUUUUUUCUCCCAAUCCAUGAUUUUAGCUAAAUUUCUAUCGAGGAGGGCUUGUGUUAUCUUUAAAUAAAUAUGUGUUUUCUGUUUUCACA